CUAAAAUACACUUUCCUUAUAUAGCUUCUUUGAUGAUGUACCCUCCUCGCCCAAGAACGACGUCUCUGAAACCUCACUUUGUCUCCAUUAACACCCUCUCUUCUUCAAGAUUCUUUGGAAGAAAAAAAAAUGGGGAGGGGGAAGAUAGAGAUAAGAAGGAUUGAUAAUUCGACAAGCAGGCAAGUGACCUUCUCAAAGAGGAGGGGUGGGUUGUUGAAGAAAGCCAAGGAGCUGGCGAUCCUUUGCGACGCAGAAGUUGGAGUCAUGAUCUUCUCUAGCACCGGCAAGCUCUAUGAUUUCUCUAGCACCAGCAUGAAAUCAGUCAUUGAACGAUACAACAAAUCAAAAGAGGUGCAUCAUCUAAUGGGCAACCCAACCUCAGAACUCAAGUUCUGGCAAAGGGAGACGGCAAUGUUGAGACAGCAACUGCAAAACUUGCAAGAAAAUCAUCGGCAAAUGAUGGGUGAAGAACUUUCUGGCUUAAGCGUAAAGGAUUUGCAGAAUUUGGAGAACCAAUUGGAAAUGAGUCUCCGGGGUGUUCGCAUGAAAAAGGACCAAAAUUUAAUGGAUGAAAUACUAGAACUAAAUAGAAAGGGAAACCUCAUUCACCAAGAAAAUAUGGAACUCUAUAAGAAGGCAAACCUAAUUUGUCAUGAAAAUCAAGAAUUGUAUAAGAAGGUUUAUGGAACCAGAGAAGUAAAUGGAGCAAACAGGAAUUCCCUUCUCACAAAUGGUCUGGGCAUGGGAGAGGAAUCACAUGUACCUGUCCAUCUCCAGCUUAGCCAGCCACAGCAACAAAACUAUGAUACACCAGCAAGUGCUACAAAGUUGGGCAGACUACAACUGCAUUAGCGAAGAAGUUGCGUGAUGCAUCGUCACCAGUAAUGGGUAUUUAAUGGCCCAUAACUUAAAAGACCAUGCUUCUAUUAUUGCAGUGGUAUGCGAGCCAAUAACCAUUAAGAGCAUACUUUGGUUAGACAUGACCAAUGGAAAAAACUUCUGCACUGUGUGAUGAUCAAGACAGCUACUUGUGUAAAAAAUGAGAUAACUGUAAUAAAGAGAAGUGACAUUGCACUGCGUCUUUAACACAUUUUUAAAAUGACUUUAAUCUUCAAAAA